AUGAAUCUUUCAGUCGGUGUCCACAUUGAACAGCAAAACUUUACAACAGUUGUUCCAGAAUUUACAGCAGGCACAUACUGGAACGUCACAGCUAAACCAAAUGGUGAUAUCAUCUAUAACAACAAAGUUAUUCCAUAUUUGUACUGGGAAGGUCUAGUUUCCAUUAACAUGAAAAUGAAUACUGGAUUCUAUGUCAAGAAAGGUGAAGGCCGUGCAUUUCUAGAGAAGAUGCUCACUCAUUUCAAGCUCAACGACCGCGAGAAGUUCGACUUCAUCACCUAUUGGCUUCCUACAUUCAAUAAACUCGGCGACGUCUUCUGCUCAUUCCAGUUGGCGAACUACUGCCACCAUGUUCCUCUCACGCUCAGUACAAAGCCAGACUCAGUCAUCCGUGUUUUCAUUGCAAUUCGCAAAGCACAUAAAUCAGACUUAAACAAACCAGUUCAAGCACUUCCUAACGUUACACGCACAGGUUUCACAGUUGUUGAAUGGGGUGGCUCAGUUAUUCGUUCAAGAUAUCAAAGAUUACAUCGUGCUCAAUAA